AGAAUGGGAGAAAAAUGGAAAAGACAGCAAAAGCUUCAGAAAGUGCCACAGAUUCCUUGCAUUCGAGUCCCUCCCUCUGCCUUUGACACUUCAUUAAUGAAGGACCUGACCCGAGGGCAGCAGCGCUACUUUUACAGCAUCAUGAAGAUUUACAACUCCAGGCCCCAGUGGGAGGCCCUGAAGACCCGCUAUAUUCACACCCUUCAGCACCAGCAGCUGCUUGGUUAUAUAACUCAAAAGGAGGCCUUGGCUUGUGCUGCUGUACUUAGAGAUUCAACCAGGAAAGCCUCGGCCAAGGGAGCUCCUCAAAGAACCGUAUCCGGAAGGGCUUCGGUCAUGACAAGAACAUGUCUAUCAGCACUCCCUGUGUCUGUGGUUCUACCCAGGACCAGAAGCGCAAAGCUCUGAUCCUUUGGGAACCAUGACUUUACACAGCUCUAACAGGCAGU